AUGCUUUUGAGUCGACUCACUGCAUGGGGUCAUGCUUUUGAGUCGACUCACUGCAUGGGUCAUGCUUUUGAGUCGACUCACUGCAUGGGUCAUGCUUUUGAGUCGACUCACUGCAUGGGUCAUGCUUUUGAGUCGACUCACUGCAUGGGUCAUGCUUUUGAGUCGACUCACUGCAUGGGUCAUGCUUUUGAGUCGACUCACUGCAUGGGUCAUGCUUUUGAGUCGACUCACUGCAUGGGUCAUGCUUUUGAGUCGACUCACUGCAUGGGUCAUGCUUUUGAGUCGACUCACUGCAUGGGUCAUGCUUUUGAGUCGACUCACUGCAUGGGUCAUGCUUUUGAGUCGACUCACUGCAUGGGUCAUGCUUUUGAGUCGACUCACUGCAUGGGUCAUGCUUUUGAGUCGACUCACUGCAUGGGUCAUGCUUUUGAGUCGACUCACUGCAUGGGUCAUGCUUUGAGUCGACUCACUGCAUGGUCGACUCACUGCAUGGGUCAUGCUUUUGAGUCGACUCACUGCAUGGGUCAUGCUUUUGAGUCGACUCACUGCAUGGGUCAUGCUUUUGAGUCGACUCACUGCAUGGGUCAUGCUUUUGAGUCGACUCACUGCAUGGGUCAUGCUUUUGAGUCGACUCACUGCAUGGGUCAUGCUUUUGAGUCGACUCACUGCAUGGGUCAUGCUUUUGAGUCGACUCACUGCAUGGGUCAUGCUUUUGAGUCGACUCACUGCAUGGGUCAUGCUUUUGAGUCGACUCACUGCAUGGGUCAUGCUUUUGAGUCGACUCACUGCAUGGGUCAUGCUUUUGAGUCGACUCACUGCAUGGGUCAUGCUUUUGAGUCGACUCACUGCAUGGGUCAUGCUUUUGAGUCGACUCACUGCAUGGGUCAUGCUUUUGAGUCGACUCACUGCAUGGGUCAUGCUUUUGAGUCGACUCACUGCAUGGGUCAUGCUUUUGAGUCGACUCACUGCAUGGGUCAUGCUUUUGAGUCGACUCACUGCAUGGGUCAUGCUUUUGAGUCGACUCACUGCAUGGGUCAUGCUUUUGAGUCGACUCACUGCAUGGGUCAUGCUUUUGAGUCGACUCACUGCAUGGGUCAUGCUUUUGAGUCGACUCACUGCAUGGGUCAUGCUUUUGAGUCGACUCACUGCAUGGGUCAUGCUUUUGAGUCGACUCACUGCAUGGGUCAUGCUUUUGAGUCGACUCACUGCAUGGGUCAUGCUUUUGAGUCGACUCACUGCAUGGGUCAUGCUUUUGAGUCGACUCACUGCAUGGGUCAUGCUUUUGAGUCGACUCACUGCAUGGGUCAUGCUUUUGAGUCGACUCACUGCAUGGGUCAUGCUUUUGAGUCGACUCACUGCAUGGGUCAUGCUUUUGAGUCGACUCACUGCAUGGGUCAUGCUUUUGAGUCGACUCACUGCAUGGGUCAUGCUUUUGAGUCGACUCACUGCAUGGGUCAUGCUUUUGAGUCGACUCACUGCAUGGGUCAUGCUUUUGAGUCGACUCACUGCAUGGGUCAUGCUUUUGAGUCGACUCACUGCAUGGGUCAUGCUUUUGAGUCGACUCACUGCAUGGGUCAUGCUUUUGAGUCGACUCACUGCAUGGGUCAUGCUUUUGAGUCGACUCACUGCAUGGGUCAUGCUUUUGAGUCGACUCACUGCAUGGGUCAUGCUUUUGAGUCGACUCACUGCAUGGGUCAUGCUUUUGAGUCGACUCACUGCAUGGGUCAUGCUUUUGAGUCGACUCACUGCAUGGGUCAUGCUUUUGAGUCGACUCACUGCAUGGGUCAUGCUUUUGAGUCGACUCACUGCAUGGGUCAUGCUUUUGAGUCGACUCACUGCAUGGGUCAUGCUUUUGAGUCGACUCACUGCAUGGGUCAUGCUUUUGAGUCGACUCACUGCAUGGGUCAUGCUUUUGAGUCGACUCACUGCAUGGGUCAUGCUUUUGAGUCGACUCACUGCAUGGGUCAUGCUUUUGAGUCGACUCACUGCAUGGGUCAUGCUUUUGAGUCGACUCACUGCAUGGGUCAUGCUUUUGAGUCGACUCACUGCAUGGGUCAUGCUUUUGAGUCGACUCACUGCAUGGGUCAUGCUUUUGAGUCGACUCACUGCAUGGGUCAUGCUUUUGAGUCGACUCACUGCAUGGGUCAUGCUUUUGAGUCGACUCACUGCAUGGGUCAUGCUUUUGAGUCGACUCACUGCAUGGGUCAUGCUUUUGAGUCGACUCACUGCAUGGGUCAUGCUUUUGAGUCGACUCACUGCAUGGGUCAUGCUUUUGAGUCGACUCACUGCAUGGGUCAUGCUUUUGAGUCGACUCACUGCAUGGGUCAUGCUUUUGAGUCGACUCACUGCAUGGGUCAUGCUUUUGAGUCGACUCACUGCAUGGGUCAUGCUUUUGAGUCGACUCACUGCAUGGGUCAUGCUUUUGAGUCGACUCACUGCAUGGGUCAUGCUUUUGAGUCGACUCACUGCAUGGGUCAUGCUUUUGAGUCGACUCACUGCAUGGGUCAUGCUUUUGAGUCGACUCACUGCAUGGGUCAUGCUUUUGAGUCGACUCACUGCAUGGGUCAUGCUUUUGAGUCGACUCACUGCAUGGGUCAUGCUUUUGAGUCGACUCACUGCAUGGGUCAUGCUUUUGAGUCGACUCACUGCAUGGGUCAUGCUUUUGAGUCGACUCACUGCAUGGGUCAUGCUUUUGAGUCGACUCACUGCAUGGGUCAUGCUUUUGAGUCGACUCACUGCAUGGGUCAUGCUUUUGAGUCGACUCACUGCAUGGGUCAUGCUUUUGAGUCGACUCACUGCAUGGGUCAUGCUUUUGAGUCGACUCACUGCAUGGGUCAUGCUUUUGAGUCGACUCACUGCAUGGGUCAUGCUUUUGAGUCGACUCACUGCAUGGGUCAUGCUUUUGAGUCGACUCACUGCAUGGGUCAUGCUUUUGAGUCGACUCACUGCAUGGGUCAUGCUUUUGAGUCGACUCACUGCAUGGGUCAUGCUUUUGAGUCGACUCACUGCAUGGGUCAUGCUUUUGAGUCGACUCACUGCAUGGGUCAUGCUUUUGAGUCGACUCACUGCAUGGGUCAUGCUUUUGAGUCGACUCACUGCAUGGGUCAUGCUUUUGAGUCGACUCACUGCAUGGGUCAUGCUUUUGAGUCGACUCACUGCAUGGGUCAUGCUUUUGAGUCGACUCACUGCAUGGGUCAUGCUUUUGAGUCGACUCACUGCAUGGGUCAUGCUUUUGAGUCGACUCACUGCAUGGGUCAUGCUUUUGAGUCGACUCACUGCAUGGGUCAUGCUUUUGAGUCGACUCACUGCAUGGGUCAUGCUUUUGAGUCGACUCACUGCAUGGGUCAUGCUUUUGAGUCGACUCACUGCAUGGGUCAUGCUUUUGAGUCGACUCACUGCAUGGGUCAUGCUUUUGAGUCGACUCACUGCAUGGGUCAUGCUUUUGAGUCGACUCACUGCAUGGGUCAUGCUUUUGAGUCGACUCACUGCAUGGGUCAUGCUUUUGAGUCGACUCACUGCAUGGGUCAUGCUUUUGAGUCGACUCACUGCAUGGGUCAUGCUUUUGAGUCGACUCACUGCAUGGGUCAUGCUUUUGAGUCGACUCACUGCAUGGGUCAUGCUUUUGAGUCGACUCACUGCAUGGGUCAUGCUUUUGAGUCGACUCACUGCAUGGGUCAUGCUUUUGAGUCGACUCACUGCAUGGGUCAUGCUUUUGAGUCGACUCACUGCAUGGGUCAUGCUUUUGAGUCGACUCACUGCAUGGGUCAUGCUUUUGAGUCGACUCACUGCAUGGGUCAUGCUUUUGAGUCGACUCACUGCAUGGGUCAUGCUUUUGAGUCGACUCACUGCAUGGGUCAUGCUUUUGAGUCGACUCACUGCAUGGGUCAUGCUUUUGAGUCGACUCACUGCAUGGGUCAUGCUUUUGAGUCGACUCACUGCAUGGGUCAUGCUUUUGAGUCGACUCACUGCAUGGGUCAUGCUUUUGAGUCGACUCACUGCAUGGGUCAUGCUUUUGAGUCGACUCACUGCAUGGGUCAUGCUUUUGAGUCGACUCACUGCAUGGGUCAUGCUUUUGAGUCGACUCACUGCAUGGGUCAUGCUUUUGAGUCGACUCACUGCAUGGGUCAUGCUUUUGAGUCGACUCACUGCAUGGGUCAUGCUUUUGAGUCGACUCACUGCAUGGGUCAUGCUUUUGAGUCGACUCACUGCAUGGGUCAUGCUUUUGAGUCGACUCACUGCAUGGGUCAUGCUUUUGAGUCGACUCACUGCAUGGGUCAUGCUUUUGAGUCGACUCACUGCAUGGGUCAUGCUUUUGAGUCGACUCACUGCAUGGGUCAUGCUUUUGAGUCGACUCACUGCAUGGGUCAUGCUUUUGAGUCGACUCACUGCAUGGGUCAUGCUUUUGAGUCGACUCACUGCAUGGGUCAUGCUUUUGAGUCGACUCACUGGCAUGGGUCAUGCUUUUGA